CCGUCCUGACAAGCAAACAAUUCAUCAAGACUUACAUGCUGUCCUUUUCCGAAGACCCCGUCUAUAAACUCCUAACAAACACAGACAAAACACUAUCCGAUGGCGAAUUAAAAGGUUUCCUCAAAGCAAAGUCGUAUUUCAACAAAGGUGACUAUGAGAAAAUAAUCCCUGCAUGCACGGAGGAAAUAGAAUCAAGCGAAGCUGAAGGUGGUUAUCAUUUUGAGGCGCUGUCAUUACGCGCGGCAUUUUAUUUACUUUCCGGUUGUCAAAAGGAGUGCAUGGAUGACAUGAGCGCCAUUAUCAAUAAUAAAGACGUGGAUGUGAAGAUCAAGGUGAAUUCAUUGAUCAAACGCGCGUCGUUGCAUAUACAACUGGGUGAUAUGGAGAAAUGCAUGGCUGAUUUUGAAAAAGCGGCGAAGCUGGGCCCGGAGAUUGCUGAUGUGUAUCAUCAUCGCGGGCAGAUUUAUUUGUUGAUGGAGCGCACGCAGGAGGCGCGCGCAGAUUUCGAGAAAGCCGUCGCACUUAACCCCAAUUUUGCGAUUGCAGUAGUUCAGAAAAACUACGCGGAUUAUCGCAGCGCGCUGGCGAAACAAGACGUGCAGGAGUUGUUGGAGAAUGUGGUGAAUUUCCGCAAGGCUAUUGAGAAAUUUAAGGACUUUUCAGAGGCUUACGUCUUAUUCGGACAGGUUUUGGCUGAGAGGCAGGAUUAUGCCGAAGCAGACAAAAUGUACGAGACAGCGUUGAUUGUAGAUCCGGAAAAUGCGCCGAUUCUUGUCCAUCGAGGUAUGCUCGAGCUGCAAUGGCAUGGGAAUGUUGAAAAAGGCGUGGAAUACAUGCAGAAAGCCAUCAAAUUGGACGAUAGAUGUGGUUUUGCGUAUGAAACACUCGCUACAGUCGAAGUUCAACGGGGGAAUUUAAUUCUCGCUGUGGAUUUGUUCAACAAAGCGAUUGAUUUAGCAAGGACUGAGAUUGAAAUGACGCAUUUAUUCUCGCUGCGUGAUGCCGCAGUAGCGCAGUUAAAGGUUUGCACGAGAUUGAACAUUGGCCCGACGCUGGGCAUGCAGGCAUAAAUAUUAUUCUAAACUGUUAGCGAUUGUGGACGAGAAUGCCAAAAACGAAAA